AACGCCAAGCUCCGGUAUUCACCAAUUGGAUUAAUUAGUAUCAAGAAUCAAUUAAAGGCAUAAAUGUCAUCGCGAUCGUGGAGAAUUUUCAUUUUCCUCAUCGAUUUUACACCCUAGCUAGCUCUCCUUGACAUCCCUAGCUUUCUUCUGUGAAUUAAGAAUCAUGUCCAGAAUCCAUCCUGCUGAUCAGAACAGAUGCCAUGAUAUGUUGUUGAAGGAAAAGGCGGAAGAAGAUGCCCAAGUACUACUACGUCCUGCCGUGCUCACUGUGUGGAAGCGAUCUAGCAUGACUUUCCAGGGGACAGACGGAUUCACUGUUUUCGACCACCGGGGAAGAUUGGCUUUCCGGGUUGACAACUAUUCGAGGAAAAGCAGUUUCAUUACAGGAUCAGGAGGGCUGGUCCUCAUGGACGGUGCUGGGAACGCUUUGUUAACUUUGAAACCUCAGGUAUUGAGCAUGCAAUAUCAGUGGAAUGCAUACAGAGGAGAAGAUAAAUGCGGAAGAAAUCCAAAUUCCAAGUCCAAGGUAUUCUCAAUGAGAAGCGGAUCAAUGCUUUUCCACAGUAGCAAAGACGUCGAGGCAAUUGUUAUGAUGGGAGGACAAUCUGAUCAGACACCAGAUUUCAGGAUUGAAGGGUGUUUUAGAAGGCGAAAUUGCAAAAUAAAGACUAGGAGUGGAGAAAUGGUUGCAAAGAUUGCUAGGAAGAGAGUGAACAACAAAAUAUUGCUUGGGGACGAUGUGUUCACCCUGGCGGUACAACCUGGCUUUGACACACAGCUUAUCAUGGCCUUUGUAAUUAUCUUAGACCGCAUUUGCGUUAAGCCAUUUGCCCCCGUUUUGUGUUCCUAAAAUUCAUCGUGUAAUUAUGUCACACGUACAAAACGAUGUACAGAAACCUGAUCGAUCAUAUAUAUGCAUAAUGCCUCCCCAGUCCCCCCUCCUCGACGGAAGAGCGCGCUUCAAAGGAGGUAGCUGCACAAUUAAUGGGGACUUAGACUUUCCUUCCUUAUUAA